AUGGCCAAGCUGCUCCAAAGUGCGGCAGCGCUGCCAGACAAGGCCCCUUGGCCGAGCGGACUGCGAGGGCCUGCGGCCGCCAUCGCGCGCUGGGCCUUUGACCAAAGGCAUCUGGACUUCAGCAAGUCUGUUCAGGAUGCAUUGGAAAUGGAUGGCUUCGAGGCACCGGUCGCAGCGACUUCGGCGCUCCACGAUCUGGCUCUGCGAGUGGCAGCGGCGGGCUGCGCACUUCAGGCAGAGCUUUUGGCUUCCACGACGGUUUACAACAUGCUGGGCACAUCCCUUGUACAGAGGCUGCCACAGCAUGUCUUGCCGCGCUUCGAGUUUCACGGCGACGGCUGCUGCCGUCGGUACCAUGUGCUGGCAGAUCUCUUGGGCCCGCGCCUCCAUCAACCCGCUCGGCUUCUGGAAGUGGGGGUGAACAACGCCAUCACUUCUGAAUACCUUCUCAACCGGUUCGCCAACCUGCAAUUCGACGGUGUUGAUCCUUACUUUGGCGUCGAAGACAUCUACGCCGAGGCCUCGGCUCGCCUGCAGCCCUUCUCGGACAGGGCCAGGCUUUGGCGCCGCACCUCUGCAGCAGCCGCAGCUGAGUUUCCUCCGGCUACAUUCGAUGUGGUGUUUAUCGACGGUGAUCACAGCCACGACGCUGUUGUGGAGGACCUCCGGCUAUGGCGCGGCCAUGUGCGACCCGGCGGCUUGCUGGCAGGACAUGAUCUCUUCAACCUGGCCUUCGAGGGCGUUCUCGAGGCUUUGGUGGAGAGCCUGGCAACGCGCGGAGCACCCGAGACGAUCCACUUCGGCUUCGACUUUGUUUGGUGGCUGCAGCUGUGA